UAUGUUUAUGGAAAUGCUGUUUUUAAAGGAUUGCUAAAUCUGGCAACAUUAAUAUUUGGAAAAUACUGAAGUCACUAGUUAACUUCCCUGGUUUUCAUUAGCAAAAUAAAAAUAAAAAAUUUUGUAACUCUUUGAGAAAGUCUUUGUUAUUAAUUUGUAAAAGAAUAAAUUUGGGUUUAGUGCAAUAAAAGGACUAAUUUUUACUUAGCAAAAAUUAAUUUCUUUAUAUACUCUAAACAAUCCCGUCUUUUUUUUUUGUUGAAAAUAAUCUGCAAAAUAUUUAGCCUGAAUUCUUGAGCUACGUUCCAAUAAAUCCAUAGAAAUGCAUUUGAGUGCAGACAUCUCAAGUGCUUUGCAACAAAUCGAGGCUGUUAAACGGGGUGUUAAUGAAAGCGACGAUGCAAAAUUGCAAGCUUUAACAGAUGAGAGUAUUAAGACAAUCGUAGAUAUACUCCGAGACCCCGUAUUUCGGACUAUUGUCCACGUUCAGGAUUCGUUGUCUGAACUGAAUGCUCAGCUAACACAGCAUCCUUCAAUGUUACCUAAUGACUUCGACAUCGAUAUGGCUGGAAAUCUAGUGCUUAGUGUAAAUGGUGGCGACGUUAUGUAUGAUUUUGACGAACGUUUGUCUUCACCAUUAAAUAGUACUAGCCCCGUAGCAAGUGGUAAAAUCGGUACCGAAUUAGCAGAAGCUCAACACACGAAGAUACCUUCACUGUCUGGGGUAGAACUUUUCCCUACUGAUUACGUUCAAGUUCAGGCUAUAGAAUUGGUCAAUGACGGCACAGGUUUAGGUUUUGGUAUAAUCGGUGCUCGAACGGAUCUCUUGACGAAUGUAUUGCCACUAAAUUCGGGUGUUAUUGUGAAAACUAUUUUGCCAGGAGGUGUAGCUGAUAGAGAUGGCCGCCUUCGCUCGGGCGAUCAUAUUCUUCAAAUAGGUGACGUAAACUUACAAGAAAUGGUUUCAGAACAAGUCGCUGCCGUUUUACGACAGUCUGGUACACAUGUUCGUCUAGUAGUGGGGAGAGCUAUAGAAAAUCCUUUGCCAACUGGUCUUAAUUUAGAGCCUGGCAGUGCAAUUGUGCCUGCACGUGUUUUAGUUGAUCGUGCCGAAUUAGAGCGCUAUCUAAUAUCUACAGGAUUUCCUGAGAUAUUCGGAGAAAGCUCAAAUGCUUCUACACCUCAAACGACGGCAACCGAAGAUGAACGUUUUAUAUAUCGUGGAGCUGCAGGACAAUCACCAAUGAUUGAUUUACUGGAGCUACCAGAAACUGAAACGUUGCAAGUGGAACUUACCAAAGAUGCCAACGGUUUGGGUAUAACAAUAGCUGGUUACGUAUGUGAGAAGGAGGAGCUUUCGGGUAUCUUUGUUAAAAGUGUUUCUCCUGGUUCUGCGGCCGAUCUCAACGGACGCAUACAUGUUAAUGAUCGCAUAAUUGAAGUGGAUGGACAAUCUUUGCAAGGUUUUUCUAAUCAUCAGGCGGUAGAACUUUUAAAAAAAUCGGGUCAGGUUGUAAAUUUACGUUUAGAACGUUAUCUACGUGGACCGAAAUAUGAACAACUACAACAAGCCAUAGCGGCUAACGAUAAAAUAACCAUUAGCGCAACGUCUACACCGUCACGUAAUUCCGCACAGCAUUGUUCUACAGCGGGAACAUCGCUUUUAAUGACAAGCAGUUCCGAAAUGUCUGCUUAUUUUCCGGGCUUGGAUGUGAGCAGUUUUCUGACGGAGUCUGACUCAUUCAUGCAGCCGACGAUUGCGAAGCCAGCUGAAACGUCAACUGCUUCCACUAGUGCGAGCGGUUUCGGCAUCGAUAAUAUUAGUGAAGAGCUUCCCAAGUUAUCUCCGGAACGUGCUCCAGAGUGCGAACAAGAGACACAUGCUAAAAACAAUAUACUCUUGGCGCGACAUAAAUAUUAUACCGAACCGGAAUUAACUCCUGAAGUAGAACAGGAAAUUAUAAGAAAGUGGAAAAAUACCGUUGGUUCCGAUGUCGACAUUAUCGUAGCGCAGAUAAAAAAAUUUCCAAUCGGUGGACUGGGAAUCUCACUGGAAGGCACUGUUGAUGUAGAGGGUGGCCGAGAGGUCCGGCCACAUCAUUAUAUACGCUCCAUUUUAGCCGAUGGACCAGUAGGUGUGAAUGGCAAACUGCGCGCUGGUGACGAGUUACUGGAGGUUAAUGGAGAGCGUUUGUUUGGCAUGAACCACCUUGAAGUGGUAGCAAUUUUGAAAGAAUUGCCUCAAGAUGUGCGUAUGGUGUGUGGACGUGGUAGAACCGAAUUGCUACCUUUUUCGGAUGAUACGUUACGCAAGUUAGGUAAUAAUUUCGACAACCUAAUACCGUCUUCUGAUCGUUUAGUUAAAGCAAAAUCAGAUGGAAAUUUGGCAACUUCAUCGCCAACAAACGAAGAUUCCUUUAAACUGAAGUCACGUUCUCUAGAACCGCUAACUGGUCUAGCGAUGUGGUCUUCGGAGCCGCAAAUAAUCGAAUUAAUAAAAGGCGAUCGCGGCUUGGGUUUUUCGAUAUUGGAUUAUCAAGAUCCUAUGGAUUCUAAUGAUUGCUUAAUUGUCAUACGCUCUUUGGUACCAGGUGGUGUCGCGCAAUUGGAUGGACGUUUAAUACCAGGAGAUCGUUUGCUAUUCGUAAAUAAUAUUAAUUUAGAAAAUGCUACUUUAGAUCAAGCUGUGCAAGCUUUGAAAGGAGCGCCGAAGGGUUCCGUACGUAUUGGUGUAGCCAAACCCUUGCCUAUGACGGAUACUUCGCUUAAAGCAAAUGGUAACAAUAGCGGAAACGCUUUGUCAUCUGAAGGUGAUAGUGCUGGCAAUUCAUCAAACACCCGGAGCCUUCCUGCCACCGGUAGUACGAUGGAAAGCACCGAAUCUGAAUUCGUAACCAACUGGCAUAAUUAAAUGUUAACUACCAUAGAGAAAAAUUAAAACAUUCCCUUAACACUUUUACGAUUUAUAUUUUACAUAAAUUAUAUUAUUACAUGUACU